AUGCCAUUCACGGUCGAGCGCGUCGUUGAUCCCGCCGACCUCCCCACCCUCGCCUCGCUUCACCAAGCCGCUUUCGGUCCCUACCCAACGCACGACUUGCUCUGGUCGAACGUGAAUCCCGAGGCUGAGCGGCGCUGGCUUGCUACGAUUCUCGCCGGACCGCUGAAGAAGCCGAAUGAGCCGAUGUUCAAGGCGGUCGACGAGGAGGGGCAGGUGGUUGGGUUCGCGCUGUGGAAGGUCAAGCCGGGAAAGGGCGAGGAGCAGCCAAAGGAAGACGAGGCGUUCCCGGAUUUGCCGGACGGGGCGGACGUCGGGUUGGUGAAGGAGUUCUUCGGCAAGCUGGACGACUUGCGCAACACGUACGGCGACGAGGGCCCUCACAUUCACCUCGACACGCUUGUCGUCUCGCCUACCGCGCAGCGGAAAGGAGUUGGGCACGCUCUUAUGGCUUGGGGGCUCGCCGAAGCCGACAAGCGCGGCGUACCGGCUUUUAUCGAGGCAUCAGAGCAGGGAUUCGGGCUCUACCAGAAGUUCGGCUUCGUCCGGACGCAGCCAGAUCUCGCUUGCGGGCCGAACGGUGUCGUCGCCGUCACGCCCAUGCGUCGAUCGCCUCGCAAGGCAAGCCAGUCCGCCAAGGUGACCGUCCACCGCGUCUCCGACCCAGCCGAACUUCCCACUCUCGCCGCUCUCGCUCGCAUCACUUUCAGCCCUCACCCGACGCAUCGCCUCACCUGGGCCAACGCUUCGCCCGAAGACGAGCAACGCUGGAAAGUCGCCAAAUACACGCGGUCGCUCGAACAGGCGAACGAGCAUAUGUUCAAGGCUGUUGAUGGUCGUGGCGAUGUCGUCGGUUUCACGCUAUGGAAGGUCUCUCCUGCCAAAGAUGGAGCGGCCAAAGAUGCAGCGAACGCUGGCGAUGAAGACGAGACACUUAACUUCCCCGAGGGCGUCAACCUUGAGCUGAUGAAGGAGGUGUUUGCGAAGGUGGACGACCUGCGGAAGACUUACGGCAACGGUGGGCAGUACAUUCACCUCGACACGCUUGUCGUUUCGCCAACCGCGCAACGAGGCGGAAUUGGCCGGGCGUUGAUGGCCUGGGGUCUUGCUGAGGCAGACAGGCUGUCCGUGCCAGUCUUCCUUGAGUCGACGCCAGAGGGCUACAAGUUUUACGAGCGGUGCGGCUUCGUCCGGACGAGCGAAGAUCUCGCAGCCGGCGCCGUCGCCUUCACACCAAUGAAGCGCUCGCCAGUCGGCACCGGCAAGGUCUCGAUUCACCGCGUUACCGACCCUGCCGAACUUCCCUCACUCGCUCCAGUACACCGCGACGCUUUCUCACCUCACACGAUGCACAAGCUCAUUUGGGGCAAGGUUGCGAAGGAGGACGACAAUCGCUGGAUGGCCAACUCGCUCGCCGACUCGCUCGCCAACCCGCGCGAACCGAUUUUCAAGGCGGUCGACGAACAGGGACAGGUAGUUGGCUUUGCCCUGUGGAAGGUGCCGCCGCAGGAUGGAGAAGAGGGGAAAGGCGCGAAGGGUGAGAAGCCAAUGGAUUUCGCGGAGGGAACGAAUGUCGAGCUGGCGAAGGAGUUUUUCGACAAGCUUGACGUUGUGCGGAAGACUUACAGCGACGAAGGGCCGCAUGUCCACCUGAACAUCCUCGUCGUCUCGCCGGGAGCGCAGCGGCAAGGUGUCGGGCGGGCGCUCAUCCAGUGGGGCUGCGAGGAGGCGGACAGGCUCGGCGUUUCAGCGUGGCUCGAAGCAUCGGAGCAAGGGUUUGGCCUGUACAAGAAGAUGGGCUUUGAGCGCGCUCGCGAGGACGUCUAUGCUGGUCCCGACAACGCCAUCUCGGUUACUCCCAUGCGCCGAUCGCCGCGCCCGCGCUCAUAG